GGUAGCUGUUACUAUGUGCGGUCUAAAGCAACGACAAGGCCGAUAUUUUUAUGCACAACUACUGUACUGGAGUACGGUCCAGGGUACCACGACUUUCUGCCGACGAGCUGAACUCGGAGGAGGUUGGCACGUGCACUGGCUGAUCCGAGCUCCUCAUUGCAAAAGGAUCCUCGUCUUGACAGCACUCAUCAACCACCGACUCCCUGUCCGCUCACACAUCGCUCAACUGUCGCCCGAGGAGCGACCACAUCACUUCGUACCCACUUGAGCAUCAUCAACAUGUCGAUGUUCAGGUCGGCCCUUCGCACCAGCGCCCGCGCGGCCGGCGCGCUGUCCGCCAGCAGCAGAGUUGCUUCGCAGCGCACCACCCCCGCCGUUGUCAACUCCUUCACCCGCAGCUAUGCUGCCGACACCAAGGCCUCGCCGACUGAGGUCUCUUCCAUCCUCGAGCAGAGAAUCCGUGGCGUGCAAGAAGAGGCGGGCUUGGCAGAGACCGGCCGUGUCCUCUCGGUCGGUGACGGUAUUGCGCGUGUGCAUGGCAUGAACAACGUCCAGGCCGAGGAGCUGGUUGAGUUCGCUUCCGGUGUCAAGGGCAUGUGCAUGAACCUCGAAGCCGGCCAGGUCGGUGUCGUGCUUUUCGGUUCCGACAGACUGGUCAAGGAAGGCGAGACUGUCAAGCGUACCGGCGAGAUCGUUGACGUGCCAGUCGGCGAGCAACUCCUUGGCCGUGUCGUUGACGCCCUCGGUCAGCCCAUCGACGGCAAGGGCCCGGUCAAGACCACCGAGAAGCGUCGUGCUCAGAUGAAGGCUCCCGGUAUCCUGCCCCGCCGCUCCGUCAACCAGCCCGUGCAGACCGGUCUCAAGUCCGUCGACGCCAUGGUGCCGAUCGGUCGUGGCCAGCGUGAGCUUAUCAUUGGCGACCGUCAGACUGGAAAGACUGCCGUUGCCCUUGAUGCUAUGCUUAACCAGAACCGAUGGAACAAGGGCAGUGACGAGAGCAAGAAGCUCUACUGCAUCUACGUCGCCGUCGGCCAGAAGCGUUCUACUGUCGCCCAGCUUGUCCAGACCCUUGAGGAGAAUGACGCCAUGAAGUACUGCAUUGUCGUCGCCGCCACCGCUUCCGAAGCCGCGCCCCUACAAUACAUCGCUCCUUUCACCGGUACCGCGAUGGGAGAGUACUUCCGCGACAAUGGUAAACACGCCGUCAUCAUCUACGACGAUCUCUCUAAGCAGGCCGUUGCCUACCGUCAAAUGUCUCUGCUGCUCCGUCGUCCUCCGGGGCGUGAGGCCUAUCCUGGCGACGUCUUCUACCUCCAUUCUCGUCUCCUCGAGCGUGCCGCCAAGAUGAACGACAGACACGGCGGUGGCUCCCUCACUGCCCUUCCGAUUAUCGAGACCCAGGGUGGUGACGUGUCUGCCUAUAUUCCCACCAACGUCAUCUCCAUCACCGAUGGCCAGAUCUUCUUGGAGGCCGAGCUCUUCUACAAGGGUGUCCGCCCCGCCAUCAACGUCGGUCUUUCUGUCUCCCGUGUCGGCUCCGCUGCUCAGCUCAAGGCCAUGAAGCAAGUUGCUGGCUCUCUCAAGCUUUUCUUGGCCCAGUACCGUGAAGUGGCGGCCUUCGCCCAGUUCGGUUCCGAUCUUGAUGCUGCCACCAAGCAAACCUUGAGCCGUGGUGAGCGUCUCACUGAGCUGCUCAAGCAGAAGCAGUACCAGCCAAUGGCCGUCAACGAGAUGGUCCCUCUUAUCUUCGCUGGUGUCAACGGUCUCCUUGACAGCGUACCGGUCAACAAGAUUCUUCAAUGGGAGGCCGACUUCCUCAACCACCUCAGGAGCAAUGAGAGCGGUCUGAUUGAGCAGAUUGAGAAGGAGGGCGCGUUGAGCAAGGACUUGGAGAACAAGCUCCGGGAGACGAUUCAGAGCUUCACCAAGAGCUUCUCGUAGAGGACAUGAAGAGCGGAGAUAGCAGCGGACAUGGGUUACUCACGGGGAAGUUGCGGUUAUCAUGCGUGUAUAGUACAAAAGGCACGCUAUGGGCGCUGAUUGCGGCAGCUUUAGCGUGGCUGUAGCAUUUGUAGAUAUGCGGGUACUGUCUCCUUUGUCACG